GCGUCUUUCUUCUGCACCCACUCCUCAUCGUCGCGGCAACCCAGGUUUGAUUCAUGAUCCUUGGAGAAGCUUUCUCUUUUUAUGGAGUUCGAAGUAUGGCAUGUUUCUGGAGCAGAGCACUGCUUUGUAGCCCUUCCUUUGCAACUCAUCCAGACUUUGGAAUCUCUCCGCCCGACUCUUCUCCCUCAGCCUCAGCUCCUCGUAAUUGAGCUUCGCUCAUUGAGCCCCACUGCUGACCAGCAGCGGAGCUGGACGGUCUCUUGGUCUGGUGCUACUUCGUCUUCUGCUGCUAUUGAGAUCGGUAGGCAGUUUGCGGAUUGCAUUUUGUUGCCUGAUCAUCUAAGAGUACAAGUUCGAGUUGUGUCAAAUGUGGAACGUGCUGAACGAGUGAUGGUAGAGCCUGAUACCGAAGACGACUGGGAAGUUAUGGAGCUCAAAGCAGAGUUCGCUGAGGCAUCCAUGUUAAGCCAGAUCAAAAUUGUCAAAGAGGCAAUGAGAUUUCCCUUGUGGCUGCAUGGCCAUUCUGUAGUUACCUUCCGCGUGGUUUCGACUGUUCCCAAAAAAGCAGUAGUACAACUUGUUCAUGAUACGGAAGUAGAAGUUGCUCCCAAGAGACGACAAAAGCUUGUGAAUAAAUCAGAUGCUUCAUCUGACAAGCAACGCAAUGUUAAGGAGGCCUUAUUGCGUAUUCAAGAUUCAGAUAAAAGAUUGUUUCAGAAAUGUAAUGUCAAAGUCGAUUAUUCUUAUUCCAAAAUUAUCAAGAGAGAGGGUUGACAAUGAUGCAUCGAGAAUGAAAAGCACUUCAGCACCUAAAGAUGGGACAAGCAGGAAAGUAUCUCGUCGAGCAAUUAUUCAUCUUCUCUUUUCUGACUCUGUAUCCAAAGGGCAUCUAAUGAUAGCUGAGUCUCUUCGUUUGAGCAUGAGAGUUGGCCUGCAUUCAUGGGUGCAUGUGAAAGAAUACCAUGGUAAUUUCAAGGAGGAUAUUCCCUUGCUCUCACUGUCUCCCUGCCACAUUAAGAUGCUUGGAAGGGAUGGUGAGAAGGGAGAAUUUGGCAUGGAAGUGCAUAAUAGUCGUAGAAUGGAAAAGCUUCAAAUGCUGCCUUCCGGAAUUAGUUCAGGAAAUAACUUAAAUGAAACAGAUCAUUUCACGCAUGGUGAUUUCAUAGCUACUCUUUCAUCUGUUUUUCCUCAUGCAGAGGGUGCAGAACGAGUAUGUGGUUCUGAUAGUAGAAAGACUUUAGGCAUACUUCUUCAUGCAUGGGUGGCUGCACAACUUGAAGCAAUUGCUUCGGCCUCUGGUGUAGAGGUUAAUUCAUUGACUUUAGGAGAUGAGACUGUAAUGCACUUUGAAAUGAGAGGACUUGACUAUGGGUCUGGAAGGCACAGUUUACUGGAACCAUCUGAUUCAAAUUUAGACGUACAAGAUAAGCUUGGUGAAAAGCCAGUUAAGUACCUGUUUGUGCUGAAUGCUUCAGAGGAUUCUUCAGAUGACAAAAAUGUAUGUGCAUAUAAACUUUCCUUUGAUAAGAGCAAAAGAGAUCAUUUGAUACCCGAGGAGUUGCUCAGCAAUCUUGAACUUGGUGAACCUCUAUCCUUCUAUUCUACCAAGGAAAGGGUAUCCGGAAAGGACUUUGAAUCAGAUUUGUCCACUUUGAGCUGGAUGGGAUCAACUCUAACUGAUGUUAUUAAUAGAGUGAAUGUCUUGCUAUCUCCUAGCUCUGGGUUGUGGUUUGGCAGUCACAAACUUCCUCUCCCUGGCCAUGUUCUGAUAUAUGGACCUCAUGGUUCUGGGAAGACUAUGUUAGCAAGAUCUGUGGCCAGUUUCCUUGAAAGACAUAAAGAUAUAUUAUCACAUGUGGUAUUCGUAAACUGCUCUUCCCUUGCUUCGGAGAAGGCUUCAGCCAUUCGUCAACAACUUUCAGCUUCCAUUUCUGAAGCGCUAGACUAUGCGCCAUCUGUUGUAAUCUUCGAUGAUCUUGAUAGCAUCGUUUCAGCCUCUGAUUCUGAAGGAUCUCAACCUUCGACUUCUGUUGCUGCAUUGACAAAAUACCUAGCUGAUAUUAUUGAUGAAUAUGGGGAAAAGAGGAAUGGCUCAUGUGGCACUGGUCCAAUUGCUUUUAUAGCUUCUCUGCAAAGACUAGAGAAUAUCCCACAAUCACUGAGCUCUUCAGGGAGGUUUGACUUCCAUGUGCAACUUCCUGCUCCUGCUGCAUCUGAACGUGGGGCUAUACUGAAGCAUGAAAUACAGAGGCGUUCCUUACAUUGUCCAGAAGAAAUUUUGUUGGAUGUAGCAUCCAAAUGUGAUGGUUAUGAUGCGUAUGAUCUGGAAAUAUUGGUUGAUAGAGCUGUACAUGCUGCUGUUGGUCGCUUUCUUCCUUAUUCUAAUGGAGAGCCUGGAAAAUCCACCUUACUUAUGGGCGAUUUCUCAAGGGCAAUGGAUGGGUUCCUUCCAGUUGCUAUGCGUGAUAUUACUAAAUCAGCUUCUGAAGGUGGCCGUGCUGGGUGGGAAGAUGUUGGUGGACUGAAUGAUGUGAGGAAUGCUAUAAGAGAGAUGAUUGAAUUGCCAUCAAGAUUCCCAAAUAUCUUUGCAAAAGCUCCUUUAAGGUUGCGUUCAAAUGUUCUUCUCUAUGGUCCUCCUGGUUGCGGCAAGACUCACAUCGUUGGUGCUGCUGCUGCUGCUUGUUCACUGCGGUUUAUAUCAGUGAAGGGACCUGAGCUGUUAAACAAAUAUAUUGGUGCUUCUGAGCAAGCGGUUCGUGAUAUUUUCUCAAAAGCAGCUGCCGCAGCACCCUGCCUUCUCUUCUUUGAUGAAUUUGAUUCAAUUGCUCCUAAACGAGGACAUGAUAAUACUGGUGUGACUGAUCGUGUAGUCAACCAAUUUCUGACUGAAUUAGAUGGUGUUGAAGUUUUGACUGGUGUUUUUGUAUUUGCUGCCACAAGCCGACCUGAUCUGCUUGAUGCUGCAUUGUUGAGACCCGGUAGGCUCGAUAGGCUUCUUUUCUGUGAUUUUCCAUCUCAGCAAGAGAGGCUGGAUAUUCUUAAAGUUCUAUGCAGAAAGCUGCCACUGUCUGAAGAUACGAACUUACACAGCGUGGCUCAGAUUACAGAGGGAUUUAGUGGAGCUGACCUACAAGCUCUACUAUCUGACGCACAGCUUGCUGCAGUUCAUGAAUUUUUGAGCAGCACCACCUCCGACAACCACGAGCCUGUGAAAAAGCCGGUGAUAACUGAUUCCGUCUUAAAAGCAAUUGCUUCCAAAGCAAGACCAUCGAUUUCUGAAUCAGAGAAACACAGACUGUACGGCAUUUAUAGCCAGUUCUUGGAUUCCAAAAGAUCAGUUGACGCACAGGUGAGGGAUGCAAAGGGCAAACGAGCGACUCUAGCAUAAGCAGCAGCGCAAAAUGCCAGCCACGCCAGGCUGCAGUAGAUUGAGUUAUUGUUGCUAGCUACUGCGAGGCCAACGCGAUGCUUUCGACCCUGGAACGGUCAUUUGUUAUUGGAACUCGGGAAUGAGUUCCAACGACUUCUGUGUGCAGAAUGUCCUCCUGACGAUUAAGCAAAACAAACUGGUCAUGGGUUUUGCCCCACACCUCGAGUAAAAUAAGCACUGAAUUCUGAUUCUCGGUCACAAAGCCUACUUGUUAUUUAAGUUAUGAUCCGAGACAAAUUCAGAAUACAAAGAAACGUUAUCAUCCCUAUGACGGUUAGUGACCAAAUUCAUUGCCUCGGUCACGGUUGUUGCAUAUGCGCACAUCCUAACAAUAUUAUAUGGAGGUUUUUGGCUGGAACCCCCUUAAUUCCUCUUUUCCUGCUCUAUCCGCGAUUCACUGGAGGAGACUUUCGUAAAUGUAUCU